UUUACAGUGCGGGGGAAACUAGCGCCAAAUUUUUAAUCUUUUGUAGACAGCUGGUUGGAAUCGCAAGUUACUUGUCUGUCGCAUUUCGCUACAUUUUAAACACGUUUAGAAAAAUAGAAAAGGCAAUUAUGGCGCCAGUCUCGAAAAGAUCAUGUCCCAGUGCCGACGACAGCUUCGAGAAAAGAAUUAAGCGUAUUUCCAUUGAGGGAAACAUUGCGGCCGGAAAGUCGACUUUUGUGCGCCUUUUGGAGAAGCGAAAUGAGGACUGGGAAGUUGUUCCAGAACCAAUCGCACGGUGGUGCAAUGUACAAACAAACCAAGACGACUUUGAGGAGCUGACGACGUCCCAGAAGAGCGGCGGCAACGUGCUGCAGAUGAUGUACGAGAAGCCGGAGCGCUGGGCCUACACCUUCCAGAGCUACGCCUGCAUGAGCCGCAUCCGCGCCCAGAUCAAGUCCUCCAACGGCAAGCUGAGGGAGGCCGAGAACCCCGUGCAGUUCUUCGAGCGCUCCGUCUACAGCGACCGGUACAUCUUCGCCGCUAACUUGUACGAGAGCGAGUGCGUGAACGAGACGGAGUGGGCCAUAUAUCAGGACUGGCACGGCUGGCUCCACAAGCAGUUUGGCAAGCACAUCCAACUGGACGGCAUCAUCUACCUGCGUGCCAAGCCUGAGAUGUGUAUGGAGCGGCUGCAUCUGAGGGGCAGAGAGGAGGAGCAGUGCAUCCCCCUGGAGUACCUGGAGAAGCUGCACUUUAAACACGAGAGCUGGCUCCAGCACAAGAACCUCAGUAUGGAGUUUGAGUAUCUGAAGGACAUCCCCAUUCUCACUCUGGACGUCAACGACGACUUCAAGGGAGACAUGGAGAAAUGCUCCAACAUGAUUGAAAAGGUUGAGGAAUUCCUGAGCACCCUGUAACUGUGUGUAUGUGUGUGUGUGUGUGCGCGCGCGUGUGUGUGCGCG